AUGCCUUCGCUGGAGAAUUACGUACAGAAAAUUCACAAAAAACUCAACAACGAAGGCCUCGAAACAAGAAAGGUAUGACUUGGUUUUUGCUUUGCUUACGUGUUGUGACUUCACUUAGACUUAAAUUAAGAUAAGUUUGGAUAUGCUUACAAUUAGAUUCGACAUAUUGUAGAUUCCAUCCUGGUUGUUGUCAUGCAUGGUUACUUUUGAUAAUCGAGUACUGUUCUUUAAAACUUUUUGCAGGUCAAGAAAUAUCUUCAAGAGCUUGAUCGCCUUCAGAUCACAUUGGAUGUCUUGAAAGUAAGUUGA